CACUAACAGUAACAGCCAACAUAGGGGAGGGAGUAACACACACUAACAGUAACAGCCAACACAGGGGAGGGAGUAACACUAACAGUAACAGCCAACACAGGGGAGGGAGUAACACACUCUAACAGUAACAACCAACAUAGGGGAGGGAGUAACACUAACAGCCAACACAGGGGAGGGAGUAACACUAACAGUAACAGCCAACACAGGGGAGGGAGUAACACUAACAGUAACAGCCAACACAGGGGAGGGAGUAACACUAACAGUAACAGCCAACACAGGGGAGGGAGUAACACUAACAGUAACAGCCAAUACAGGGGAGGGAGCCAGAACACUACAGGGUCUAACAGUAACAACCAGUGAUAGAGGAGAAUAUUAAUCUCAGCCAACGGUGCACAUCACUCUCAGCCAAAGGCCUCUUUCAAAACAUGUAGAACUAAGAACAGAUAUAGCCCUUGGUUCCCUCCAGAUCUGACUGCCCUUGACCAGCACAAAAACAUCCUGUGGCGCACUGCAUUAGCAUCAAACAGCCCCCGUGAUAUGCAACUUUUCAGGGAAGUCAGGAACCAAUAUUAACAGUCCAGUUAGGAAAGCUAAGGCCAGCUUUUUCAAACAGAAAUUUGCAUCCUGUAGUACUAACUCAAAAGUUUUGGGACACUGUAAAGUCCAUGGAGAAUAACAGCACCUCCUCUCAGCUUCCAACUGCACUGAGGACAGGAAACACUGUCACCACCGAUAAAUCUACAAUAAUUGAGAAUUUCAAUAAGCAUUUUUCUACGGCUGGCCAUGCUUUCCACCCGGCUACCCCUACCCCGGCCAACAGCUCUGCACCCCCCGCAGCAACUUGCCCAAGCCUCCCCCUUCUCCUUCACCCAAGUCCAGACAGCUGAUGUUCUGAAAGAGCUGCAAAAUCUGGAUCCCUACAAAUCAGCCAGGCUAGACAAUCUGGACCCUCUCUAAAAUUAUCCUCCAAAAUUGCUGCAACCCUUAUUACUAGUUUGUUCAACCUCUCUUUCGUAUCCCCUGAGAUCCCCAAAGAUUGGAAAGUUACCGUGGUCAUCCCCCUCUUCACAGGGGGAGAAACUCUAGACCCAAACAGUUACAGACCUAUAUCCAUCCUGCCCUGCCUUUCUAAAGCCAAGUUAACAAACAGAUCACCGACCAUUUUGAAUCCCACCGUAUCUUCUCCACUAUGCAAUCUGGUUUCCGAGCUGGUCAUGGGUGCUCCUCAGCCACGCUCAAGGUCCUAAACGAUAUCAUAACCACCAUCGAUAAAAGACAGUACUUUGUAGCCGUCUUCAUCAACCUGGCCAAGGCUUUCGACUCUGUCAAUCACCACAUUCUUAUCGGCAGACUCAAUAGCCUUGGUUUCUCAAAUGACUGCCUCGCCUAGUUCACCAACUACUUCUCACCAACUACUUCAGUGUGUAAAAUCGGAGGGCCUGUUGUCCGGACCUCUGGCAGUCUCUAUGGGGGUGCCACAGGGUUCAAUUCUCGGGCCCACUCUUUUCUCUGUAUACAUCAAUGAUGUCGCUCUUGCUGCUGGUGAUUCUCUGAUCCACCUCUACGCAGACGACACCAUUCUGUAUACAUCUGGCCCUUCUUUGGACACUGUGUUAACAAACCUCCAGACGAGCUUCAAUGCCAUACAGCACUCCUUCCAUGGCCUCCAACUGCUCUUAAAUACAAGUAAAACUAAAUGCAUGCUCUUCAACCGAUCGCUGCCCACACCUGCCCGCCCGUCCAGCAUCACUACUCUGGACGGUUCUGACUUAGAAUAUGUGGACAACUACAAAUACCUAGGUGUCUGGUUAGACUGUAAACUCUCCUUCCAGACCCACAUCAAACAUCUCCAAUCCAAAGUCAAAUCUAGAAUUGGCUUCCUAUUUCGCAACAAAGCAUCCUUCACUCAUGCUGCCAAACAUACCCUCAUAAAACUGACUAUCUUACCGAUCUUUGACUUCGCGAUGCCAUUUACAAAAUAGCCUCCAACACUCUACUCAGGAAAUUGGAUGUAGUCUAUCACAGUGCCAUCCGUUUUGUCACCAAACCCCCAUAUACUACCCACCACUGCGACCUGUACGCUCUCGUGGGCUGGCCCUCGCUUCAUAUUUGUCUCCAAACCCACUGGCUCCAGGUCAUCUAUAAGUCUUUGCUAGGUAAAGCACCGCCUUAUCUCAGAUCACUGGUCACCAUAGCAACACCCACCCGUAGCACGUGCUCCAGCAGGUAUAUUUCACUGGUCAUCCCCAAAGCCAAUUUCUCCUUUGGCCGCCUCUCCUUCCAGUUCUCUGCUGCCAGUGACUGGAACGAAUUUCAAAAAUCGCUGAAGCUGGAGACUUAUAUCUCCCUCACUAACUUUAAGCAUCAGCUGUCAGAGCAGCUUACCGAUCACUGCACCUGUACAUAGCCCAUCUGUAAAUAGCACACCCAACUACCUCAUCCCCAUAUUAUUAUUAUUUUUGCUCCUUUGCACCCCAGUAUCUCUACUUGCACAUCAUCAUCUGCACAUCUAUCACUCCAGGGUUAAUCUGCUAAACUGUAAUUACUUCGCUACUAUGGCCUAUUUAUUGCCCACCUCCUCACGCCAUUUGCACACACUGUACAUAGAUUUUUCUAUUAUGUUAUUGAUUGUGCGUUUGUUUAUCCCAUGUGUAACUCUGUGUUCUUGUUUUUGCUGCACUGCUUUGCUUUAUCUUGGCCAGGUUGCAGUUGUAAAUGAGAACUUGUUCUCAACUGGCCUACCUGGUUAUAUAAAGGUGACAUGUAUUCUUUAAAAAGCCAUGGAGAGGAGCACUACUGUCUAAACUGCCCCCAUCCUGGGAGACUAAGGAUCUUUGGUGACUCCUUCCUCCACAACCUCACCAAGAGCAGAGCUAUACAGCACUACUGUCAAACAGACCAGCCAGCAGGCAUUGAGAGAAACACUACUGCCUACUGAAGACGCUCCAUACCCCUCCUCCACCUCCAUACCCCUCCUCCACAAACCUCCCUCCUUCCACCUCCCUCCUCCUCCUCCACAAAUCUCCUCCUACCACUCCCUCCUCCUCCUCCACAAAUCUCCUCCUACCCCUCCUUCCACCUCCCUCCUCCUCCUCCACAAAUCUCCCACCCCAUCCUCCCUCCCCGUGAAAACCCCAGCCAUGGAGUGGAACAUUUGUUUGAUUUAUUUAACCUUUAUUUAACUAGGCAUUACAGUCUACUGUAACAGUCCUGUCUAACCUGCCUUUAUUUAGCAGAGGACCACCCUACACCCUCCCUAACAUACCUCCUCCUGCCCCAGUCAGGAUGGUGCCUCCCCCUCCCACCAACCAGCCCCAUGUCUGCCUGUCCACCCUGCUGAUCAUGAGCAGUAUGGCCCUGAUCGAUGCCUAUCUGGUGGAACAGAACCACGGGCCCAGGAAGAUAGGUAUCUGUAUCAUGGUGAUGGUAGGGGACCUGUGCUUCCUCAUCGUGUUGCGGUACGUGGCGGUUUGGGUCGGGGCUGAGGUGCGGACCGCCAAGCGAGGUUACGCCAUGAUACUCUGGUUCCUCUAUAUCUUUGUCCUGGAGAUCAAGGUGUACUUUGUGUACCAGAACUACAAGGCUGACAGGAAGUCUCUGGAUGCUAUGGCCCGUAAGGCCCUGACCCUACUCCUCUCAGUCUGUGUCCCAGUGCUGUUUGUAGGUCUAGUGGCCAUAGACCAUAUGGAGUACGUACAGCCGUUCAAGAAGAAAGACGAGCUCCGUAACAGGUUGUUCUGGGUCGUGGUGGACCUGCUCGAUAUCCUGGAUAUUCAGGCUAAUCUCUGGGAACCCCUGAAGAAAGGUCUCCCUCUGUGGGCCGAAGGGCUUAUGUUCUUCUACUGUUACAUCAUGUUGCUAGUCCUUCCCUGUGUCUCUCUUAGUGAGAUCUCCAUGCAGGGCAUCAAUAUAGUCCCACACAAGAUGAUGCUAUAUCCUAUCCUCAGCCUGGUCACCAUUAAUAUGUUAACCUUGUUGAUCAGAGGCUGUAACAUGCUGCUGUAUAGGGAUGCCCGGGUCAGUGGGAUCCUGAUAGGGAAGAAUGUGUUAGCUAUCAUACUAAAGACCUGUAGCUUCAUCCAGUACAGGAGGCAGGUACAGAACGCUCCUCCUGCGUUCGGGUUGGAACGACAGAGGAACUCUGUACCACAUCACCAUGGUAACCAGGGUCUUGGACGCCCUGUUUCUAUAGUGAUGACCGCUCAUCCGCAGGUGGGCCUCCCGGACCAGACAGCCCUGCCAGAGGUCACAACUACAUGUCAACAUACAUGACUGAGACCCGGAUCAUACCAUGUAUGUAUGACCCUCAGGAUAUUAUACACGGGACACACAGGAACAUCUGACUCUGACCAAAAUCUACAUGGACGUAUCAAUAUCAUGUUUGACCGGCAGGACUCUACAGGUCAACAUCAUGUGAAAAACCUUGUAUGGAUAUCGUCACUGAUCAGCGGGACACAGGAUCCUUAUGGAGUAUAGAGCAGAGACAUGGAGAAUGUUUAUGAAGAACCUUGAUACAAAAAAGAUUAUAAUACCAAUAUGUAUAUUAUCAUUGGAACACAGUGGACACUCUCCUUUUGGAUAAUAUGGUGACAUGGACAACACCUUCUAGUGUUACGUGUAAUAAGUAUAAAAUACAUAUUAGUAUGUUUAGUGUUAGAGAAAAUGUCCAUAUUUUUUAAAGGUCUCUCUUGAUGGAAACGUCGCCCCUGUGACCGUCUCAGAGGAACCAGUUAAAGGUCUCUCUUGAUGGAAACGUCGCCCCUGUGACCGUCUCAGAGGAACCAGUUAAAGAUCUCUCUUGAUGGAAACAGCGCCCCUGUGACCGUCUCAGAGGAACCAGUUAAAGGUCUCUCUUGAUGGAAACGUCGCCCCUGUGACCGUCUCAGAGGAACCAGUUAAAGGUCUCUCUUGAUGGAAACGUCGCCCCUGUGACCGUCUCAGAGGAACCAGUUAAAGGUCUCUCUUGAUGGAAACGUCGCCCCUGUGACCGUCUCAGAUGAACCAGUUUCCCUCAUGAUCGAUGUUGGACUUCGUCUUUCAAAAGAAUCAGUUGCUCAUUUCUUUACUCUUGUUGCUGAAAUGUAUUUCAUGAAUUGUUGUGUGUUUAGGCCCAGGGUCCUUGGCUUAUUGAUGAGCUUUGAUGGCACUAUGGUGUUGAACGCUGAGCUGUAGUCAGUGAUUUAGUCCCAGGGUCCUUAACUUAGUGAUGAGAUUUCAGGGCACUAUGGUGUUGAACGCUGAGCUGUAGUCAGUGAUUUAGUCCCAGGGUCCUUGGCUUAGUGAUGAGCUUUGAGGGCACUAUGGUGUUGAACGCUGAGCUGUAAUCAAUGAACAGCAUUCUCACAUAGGUGUUCCUUUUGUCCAGGUGUGAAAGGGCAGUGUGGAGUGAGAUAGAGAUUGCAUCAUCUGUGGAUCUGUUGGGGCGGUAUGCAAAUUGGAGUGGGUCUAGGGUUUCUGGGAUAAUGGUGUUGAUGUGAGUCAUGACCAGCCUUUCAAAGCACUUCAUGGCUACAAAUGUGAGUGCUACGGGUCGGUAGUCAUUUAGGUAGGUUACCUUAGUGUUCUUGGGCACAGGGAUUAUGGUGGUCUGCUUGAAACAUGUUGGUAAUACAGACGCAGUCAGGAAGAGGUUAAAAAUGUCAGUGAAGACACUUGCCAGUUGGUCAGCGCAUGCUCAGAGUACAUGUCCUGGUAAUCCAUCUGGCCCUGGAGCUUUGUGAAUGUUGACCUGUUUAAAGGUCUUACUCACUUCGACUGUGCAGAGCAUGGUCACACAGUCGUCCAAAACAGCUGAUGCUCUCAUGCAUGUUUCAGUGUUACUUGCCUCGAAGUGAGCAUAGAAGGUAUUUAGCUCGUCUGGUAGGCUUGUGUCACUGGGCAGCUCUCGGCUGUGCUUCCCUUUGUAGUCUAAUAGUUUGCGUCGGAGCCGAUGUAGUACGAUUUAUUCUUAGUCCUGUAUUGACGCUUUUCCUGUUUGAUGGUUCGUCGGAGGUCAUAGUGAGAUUUAUUAUAAGCUUCCGGGUUAGAGUCCCACUCCUUGAAAUCGGCAGCUCUACCCUGUAGCUCAGUGUGGAUGUUGCCUGUUUCUGGUUGGGGUAUGUACGUACAGUCACUGUGGGGAUGACGUUAUGGAUGCACUUAUUGAUGAAGCCAGUGACUGAUGUGAUGUACUCCUCAAUGCCAUCGGAGAAUCCCGGAACCUACACUACCGGUCAAAAGGCACAUUUGUACCUUUUCAAAAGCGAUCGACUGUAUGUAAGAAAGGUACUCUGUACCUACACUACCGGUCAAAAGUUUUAGAACAUCUACUCAUUCAAGAGUUUUUCUUUAUUUUUACUAUUUUCUACAUUGUAGAAUAAUAGUGAAAACAUCAAAACUAUGAAAUAACACAUAUGGAAUCAUGUAGUAAUCAAAAAAGUGUUAAACAAAUCAACAUAUAUUUUAUAUUUGAGAUUCUUCAAAUAGCCAUCUUUUGCCUUGAUGACAGCUUUGCACAGUCUUGGCAUUCUUCAACCAGCUUCAUGAGGGAGUCACCUGGAAUGCAUUUCAAUUAACAGGUGUGCCUUCUUAAAAGUUAAUUUGUGGAAUUUCUUUCCUUCUUUUGAGCCACUCAGUUGUGUUGUGACAAGGUAGGAGUGGUAUACAGAAGAUAGCCCUAUUUGGUAAAAGACCAAGUCCAUAUUAUGGCAAGAACAGCUCAAAUAAGCAAAGAGAAAUGACAGUCCAUCAUUACUUUAAGACAUGAAGGUCAGUCAAUAUGGACCAUUUCAAGAACUUUGAACGUUUUUUUAAGUGCAGUCGCAGAAACCAAAACCAAGAGCUAUGAAGAAACUGGCUCACAUGAGGACCGCCAAAGGAAUGGAAGAUCCAGAGUUUCCUCAGCUGCAGAGGAUAAGUUCAUUAGAGUUACCAGAAUCAGAAAUUGCAGCCCAAAUAAAUGCUUCACAUUUAACAGACACAUCUCAACAUCAACUGUUCAGAGGAGACUGAGUGAAUCAGGCCUCGAAUUGCUGCAAAGAAACCACUACUAAAGGACGCCAAUAAGAAGAGACUUGCUUGGGCCAAGAAACAUGAGCAAUGGACAUUAGACCGGUGGAAAUUUGUCCUUUGGUCUGGAGUCUAAAUUGGAGAUUUUUGGUUCCAACCGCAGUGUAUUUGUGAGACACAGUGUGGGUGAACGGAUGGUUAAUGAUCGCUGCAUGAGUAUUUCCCACCGUAAACAUGGAGGAGGAGGUGUGAUGGUGCUUUGCUGGUGACACUGUCUGUGAUUUAUUUAGAAUUCAAGGCACACUUCACCAGCAUGGCUACCACAGCAUUCUACAGUGAUACGCCAUCCCAUCUGGUUUAUGCUUAGUGGGACUAUCAUUUGUUUUUCAAUAGGACAAUGACCCAACACACCUCCAGGCUGUAUAAGAGCUAUUUUACCAAAAAGGAGAGUGAUGGAGUGCUGCAUCAGAUGACCUGGCCUCCACAAUCACCCGACCUCAACCAAAACCUUUGAACGGUGUUCCAGCCGGUGCUGCAAAACAGUCCUGUAGCUUAGCAACUGCUUUAUCUGACCACUUUUUUAUUGACCGAGUCACUGGUACUUCCUGCUUUCGUUUUUGCUUGUAAGCGGGAAUCAGGAGGAUAUAAUUAUGGUCAGAUUUGCCAAAUGGAGGGCGAGGGAGAGCUUUGUACGCGUCUCUGAGUAAAGGUUGUCUAGAGUUGUUUUCCCUCUGGUUGCACAUUUAGCUGGUAGAAAUGAGGUAAAACUGAUAGAGUGCUAAGGAUAACACAAUGUUAUUUCCGGUCACAACUCGUGGACUUGUUUACGUGCUGCUGUGCGGUUUGUUGCUAACGUUACUUUGCUACCUGCCAACUUUACGGUUUUUAAUUACCGUUUUAUAUUUAAAAAUUUUCCUCUCGCUCAACUUUUUCAUCAUCAUCUGCACACCUAUCACUCCAGUGGUAAUAUGAAAUUGUAAUUAUUUCGCCACUAUGGCAUAUUUAUUCCCUUACCUCCCUAAUCUUGCUACAUUUGCACACACUGUACAUACAUUUUUCUAUUGUGUUAUUGACUGUCCGUUUGUUAAUGUGUAACUCUGUGUUCUUGUUUAUGUCGCACUGCUUUGCUUUAUCUUGACCAGGUCGCAGUUGUAAAUGAGAACUAGUUCUCAACUGGCCUACCUGGUUAAAUAAAGGGUUAGGGUUGUAAAUGAGAACUAGUUCUCAACUGGCCUACCUGGUUAAAUAAAGGUGAAAUAAAAAUGUAAAAAAAAAUUACAACUUUUUCACUCUGGACGCUUUAUCUGGACGUGGUUCAUCAGGACCUCCACCAGCCGAAGCUAAGCAGUAACAUUAUCAGGAUGCCUUCUAAUUGCAGUUGCUGUACUCAUAAUAUACAGGAGAACGAUCGCCUUAUGGCGAGGGUAGCUGUGCUGCAAGCCCAGCUUCAGACGCAAUCGUUAGGCAAGGGUAAUUUCAGUGUAGGAAAGGAUGAAACAGCAUCUGUGCCACCAGUAAGUACAGAUAGUAGUAUAAAUCCCCUCGCACAGUCCCCACAGCCGGACAACUUUCUCAUGACUUCUGGAGGCACAGUCCCCGCAGCCGGACAACUUUCUCAUGGCUUCUGGAGAUACGGUCCCCGCAGACGGACAUCUUUCUCAUUGCUUCUGGAGGCACAGUCCCCGCAGCCGGACAACUUUCUCAUGGCUUCUGGAGAUACGGUCCCCGCAGACGGACAUCUUUCUCAUUGCUUCUGGAGGCACAGUCCUCGCAGCCAGACAACUUUCUCAUGGCUUCUGGAAGGAAAUGCUGUAGGAAUGCUCAACCGGUGUCACUCAUUCAGCCGAUAUAAACUUUAAUCCAGUUCUCCCCAUUAAGCAACGAGUCGGAGUCAGAGGCCGAGCCUUCUCUGGUCUCUCCUCCAUCCGUUACAGGGUCUGAGAUGCUGAAGCCUCCCACCAUUAGCUCUGACAAAUUGAAAAGCCUAGUCAUUGGUGACUCCAUUACCCGCAGUAUUAGACAAAAAAUAAAAUAAUAAUAAUUAUCCAGUGAUCAUACACUGUUUACCAGGGGGCAGGGCUACCGUUGUUAAGGCUAAUCUGAAGAUGGUGUUGGCUAAGGCUAAAACUGGCGAGUGUAGAGAGUAUAGAGAUAUUGUUGUCCACGUCGGCACCAACGAUGUUAGGAUGAAACAGUCAGAGGUCACCAAGCGCAACAUAGCUUCAGCGUGUAAAUCAGCUGGAAAGAUGUCGGCAUCAAGUAAUUGUCUCUGGCCCCCUCCCAGUUAGGGGGAGUGAUGAGCUCUACAGCAGAGUCUCACAACUCAAUCGCUGUAGAGUUGUGAAAUGAUGUUAUGAUAUCGUUUAGGACCUUGAGCGUGGCUGAGGUGCACCCAUGACCAGCUUUGAAGCCAGAUUGCACAGCGGAGAAGGUACGGUGGGAUUCGAAAUGGUUGGUAAUCUGUUUGUUAACUUGGCUUUCGAAGACCUUAGAAAGGCAGGGCAGGAUGGAUAUAGGUCUGUAACUGUUAGGGUCAAGAGUGUCCCCCCCUUUGAAGAGGGGGAUAACCAUGUGCAGUUUUCCAAUCUUUGGGAAUCUCAGACGAUACAAAAGAGAGGUUGAACAGGCUAGUAAUAGAGGUUGCAACAAUUUUGGCUGAUAAUUUUAGAAAGAGAGGGUCCAGAUUGUCUAGCCCGGCUGAUUUGUACGGGUCCAGGAUUUGCAGCUUUUUCAGAACAUCAGCUAUCUGGUUUGGGGGAGGUUUGGGCGAGUUGCUGUGGGGAGCGCAGGGCUGAUGACCGGGGUAGGGGUAGCCAGGUGGAAAGCAUGGCCAGUCGUAGAAAAAUGCUUAUUGAAAUUCUCAAUUAUUGUGGAUUUAUCGAUAGUGACAGUGUUUCCUGGCCUCAGUGCAGUAGGCAGCUGGGAGGAGGUGCUCUUAUUCUUCAUGGACUUUAGUUUCCCAGAACCUUUUUGAGUUUGUACUAAAGGAUGCAAAUUUCUGUUUGAAAAAGCUUGCCUUAGCUUUCCUAACUGCCUGUGUAUAUUGGUUCCUAACUUCCCUGAAAAGUUGCAUAUCAUGGAGGCUAUUCGAUGCUAAUGCAGAACGCCACAGGAUGUUUUUGUGCUGGUCAAGGGCAGUCAGGUCUGGAGAGAACCAAGGGCUAUAUCAAUACCUGGUUCUAAUUUUUUUGAAUGGAGCAUGGUUAUUUAAGAUGGUGAGGAAGGCACUUUUAAAGAAUAUCUAGGCAUCCUCUACUGACGGGUUGAGGUCAAUGUCAUUCCAGGAUACCCCGGCCAAGUCGAUUAGAAAUGCCUGUUCGCUGAAGUGUUUUAGGGAGCGUUUGACAGUGAUGAGUGGAGGUUGUUUGACCGCUGACCCAUUACGGAUGCAGGCAAUGAGGCAGUGAUCGCUGAGAUCUUGGUUGAAAACAGCAGAGGUGUAUUUGGAGGGCGAGUUAGUUAGGAUGAUAUCUAUGAGGGUGCCCGUGUUUACGGAUUUGGGGUUGUACCUGGUAGGUUCAUUGAUAAUGUGUGAGAUUGAGGGCAUCAAGCUUAGAUUGCAGGAUGGCCGGGGUGUUAAGCAUGUCCCAGUUCAGGUCACCUAGCAGCACGAGCUCAGAAGAUAGAUGGGGGCAAUCAAUUCACAUUUGGUGUCCAGGGUACAGCUGGGGGCAGAGGGUGGUCUAUAACAAGCGGCAACGGUGAGAGACUUGUUUCUGGAAAGGUGAAUUUUUAGAAGUAGAAGCUCGAAUUGUUUGGGUACAGACUUGGAUACUAAGACAGAACUCUGCAGGCUAUCUCUGCAGUAGAUUGCAACACCGCCCCCUUUGGCAGUCCUUGGCGGAAAAUGUUAUAGUUAGGGAUGGAAAUUUCAGGGUUUUUGGUUUUUGGCAGCUAAGACAUCCGGGUUAGCAGUUAGCAGACCGGGGCUAGCAAGCUAGCAUAAGGGCCUUAAAGGACGUCGCGAAGAGGGAAAGUCUGUUUUUGCCUCCUUGUUCGGUGACGUCGAUAGAACAGUCGUGGAAUUAGUAGGGUUCCAAGUAGCAGAUGGUUCCAAUUGGUAAAAUGGGUAUAGUGGUCCAAGAAACUGGCCGAUGGAUCAGCUGACAGUACAACUAACAGCACAAUAUGCUCUAGAUAGCUAGCAGGCCGUGGUUAGAAGAAUGGGCCUUCAGGGGACGUCGAGCCUGAGGGGCCUGUUGGGAUCCUCGGGCAGAUUCUGUUGGUAUUCCAGUCGUGAAGGAUCGGCGGGGUCCCGUGUCCCGUACCGGCAGUAGAAGGGGUCCGGAUUUUGUUGCCGAGGAGUGGGCUUCAGGAGGAGCCCUAGCCGGGAGAUGGGUCUAGCAUGGGCUAGCUCCAGGACAGAAACAUUAGCCAGGAGUAGUCAACCUGGGUUGUGGUUCGCUAGCUGCGAUGAUCCAGAUGAAAAGGUUUAGAGUUUGCAGUAGGAAUCAGGGGAUAUGGAGAGAAAAAUAGGUCCGGUAUGCUCUGGUUUGAAACGCGUUGUACAAACUGGCGAAAGCUUUCCGAGCUUAAGGUUAGCUGAUGACAGUUAGCAGUGGUUAGCUGACUAAUAGCUGGUAGCUAGUUAGCUAGCUAGCUUCAGUUGAGGUAUUCCAGUUCGGAGGUAAAUAGAAAUACUUUAGGAAAAAAACAGAUCCACACCACAUUGGGUGAGGCGGGUUGCAGGAGAGUAUUUUGAAGUUGAAGUUUAGGAAAAAUAUAAAAAAGAAUGCGAAGAAAAAUAUAUAAAAAUAUAUAUACAUGGGACAAGACAAAGACAAAGACGUCUGACUGCUACGCCAUCUUGGAUUUUUAUUUAAAUAUUGACUGGCUAUCAUCAAGCUGCCCACUCAAGAAAAAGCUUCAAACUGUAACCAGUGGCUGCUACCUGGUUCAGGUUAUCAGUCAACCUACCAGGGUAUUUACAAACAGCACAGGAGUUAUCAGUCAACCUACCAGGGUAUUUAUAAACAGCACAGGGGUUAUCAGUCAACCUACCAGGGUCGUUACAAACAGCACAGGAAUGAGAUCAUCAACAUGUAUUGAUCACAUCUUUACAACAGGAAGUGUUGUAGUAAUUCCUGUUACUGAUGUAGAGAAAAUCAACACACCUCCAAAGAAGAUCUGUUGCUCCGUGUAAUGAGGACCAGACACGGCACUUGACACAUUCAUGAAAAUGCUUAUUCCAGUUGCUAAUAAGCAUGUGCACCCAUUAAGAAAAUGACAUGAAAUGAAAUCACAUCCAAGUAUACCAAAUUAUGAAAGACAAGCAUUGUGAUUUUAAAUUCCGUAAAGUUAGUGUGGAAGCGGUGAAAAAAUUACUUAGGAUAAUAGCGGAAAAUAUCACCACUCCUAUUUGCCAUAUUUUCAAUUUAAGCUAGAAUGUGUGUACCCUAAGGCCUGGAGGGAAGCAAAAGUCAUCUCACUACCUAAGAAUAGUAAAGCCCCAUUUACUGGCUCAAAUAGCUGACCAAUCAGCCUGUUACUAAUCCUUAGUAAACUUUUGAAAAAAAAUUGUGAUACAAUGCUAUUUUACAGUAAAGAAUUUGACAACACUUUCAGCAUGCUUAUAGAGAAGGACAUUCAACAAACACCGCACUUACACAAAUGACUGAUGAUUGGCUGAGAGAAAUUGAUGAUAAAAAGAGGCUGUUUUGUUAGACUUCAGCGCGACGUUUCAUUAUCGAUUAUAGUCUGCUGCUGGAAAAACUUGUGUUAUGGUUUAAAAACGUAAUAUGGCUGCAAUCACGGUAACGGGAUCGAUAUGACAACAGCCAGUGGAAGUGCAGAGUCACCAAAUUCAAACAACAGAAAUCUCAUAAUUAAAAUUCCUCAAACAUACAUGUGUCUUAUACCAUUUUAAAGGUAAUCUUGUUGUUAAUCCCACCAAAGUGUCCGAUUUCAAAUAGGCUUUUCAGCGAAAGCACCACAAACGAUUAUGUUAGGUCACCACCAACUCAAAGAAAAAUUCUGUCAUUUUUCCAGCCAAAGAGAGGAGCCACAAAUAGCACAAAGAGAUAAAAUAAAUCACUAACCUUUGAUGAUCUUUAUCAGAUGACACUCAUAGGACUUCAUGUUACACAAUACAUGCAUGUUUUGUUUGAUAAAGUUAAUAUUUAUAUAAAAAAAUCUGAGUUUACAUUGGCGCGUUACAUUCACUAGUUCCAAAAACAUCCAGUGAUAGUGCAUAGCCACAUCGUUUCAACAGAAAUACUCAUCAUAAAUGUAGAUGAUAAUACAAGUUAUAGACAUGGAAUUAUAGAUAUACCUCUCCUUAAUGCAACCGCUGUGUCAGAUUUAAAAAAAACUUUACGGAAAAAGCAAACCAUGCAAUAAUCUGAGACGGAGCUCAGAUGAAUAGCCAAAUUAGCCGCCAUGUUGGACUCAACAGAAACCAGAAAAUACAUGAUAAAUGUUUCCUUACCUUUGAUGAACUUCAUCAGAAUGCAGUCCUAGGAAUCCCAGGUCCACAAUAAAUGUUUGAUUUGUUCGAUAAUGUCCGUUAUUUAUAUCCAAUUAGCUACUUUUGUUAGCGGUUUGGUAAACAAUUCCAAAGUCACAAAGUGCGUCUACUAUAACGUGACGAAAUGUCCAAAAGUUCCGUAACAGUCAGUACAUUUGUAGCCUGCUGGAGGUCAUUUUGCAGGGCGCUGGCAGUGCACUUCCUUGCACAAAGGCGGAGGUAGCGGUCCUGCUGCUGGGUUGUUGCCCUCCUACGGCCUCCUCCACGUCUCCUGAUGUACUGGCCUGUCUCCUGGUAGCGCCUCCAUGCUGUGGACACUACGCUGACAGACACAGCAACCCUUUUUGCCACAGCUCGCAUUGAUGUGCCAUCCUGGAUGAACUGCACUACCUGACCCACUUGUGUGGGUUGUAGACUCCGUCUCAUGCUACCACUAGAGUGAGAGCACCGCCAGCAUUCAAAAGUGACCAAAACAUCAGCCAGGAAGCAUAGGAACUGAGAAGUGGUCUGUGGUCACCACCUGCAGAAUCACUCCUGUUUUGGGGGGUGUCUUGCUAAUUGCCUAUAAUUUCCACCUUUUGUCUAUUCCAUUUGCACAACAGCAUGUGAAAUGUAUUGUCAAUCAGUGUUGCUUCCUAAGUGGACAGUUUGAUUUCACAGAAGUGUGAUUGACUUGGAGUUACAUUGUGUUGUUUAAGUGUUCCCUUUAUUUUUUUGAGCAGUGUAUUUAUAUAUUCUUAUUCAUUCCUUUAGAUUUGUGUGUAUAAGGUAGUUGUUGUGAAAUUGUUAGAUUACUUGUUAGAUAUUACUGCAUGGUCGGAACUAGAAGCACAAGCAUUUCACUACACUCGCAUUAACAUCUGCUAACCAUGUGUAUGUGACCAAUAAAAUGUGAUUUGAUUUAA